AUGUAUCGAUUUUUCCGUGCUGUUACUACAGCAAGAGUGAGGACUGCUAGCUAUUCUACCCAUCCUAUUAGAGAUCUAAGAAUUUCUAGUCUCGUACCCCUGAUCGACGUCGCCAAAUCAUCACUGGCCUCUGAUGCCUCUCACCUGAGAGAAGUACAUGAAAACCUCGAAGCUAAAGGUGUGGUUCAAGUGCAACUGGGAUUUGGCGACGAGAACAGCACAUAUCUUCAGCACCUGAUAUCCAAUCUCCACAAAAACCACAAUCAUGGUCUCCCAAUUACCCACAGCGCCGAGCGUGGUUGGUUUUGGGAUGUUCGGCCUUCUCCAGCAAGUUUCCAAAGCCACGGACACCAAGCUCGAUCGGAGACAAUGUCUCGGUUUGAAUGGCAUACCGACUGCAGCUAUGAAGAGCAACCACCGCGAUUCUUCGCUCUUCAGGUCCUUCAGCCAGAUCGCUGCGGCGGUGGGACGUUGUCCGUGCUGAACGUCGACCGACUCCUUACCUUGCUGUCCCCUUUCGCGCAACAAUGGCUCUCCAGCCAUAACUACAAAAUCACCGUUCCCCCCGAAUUUCGAAAAACCGCAGGGGAACAGCACAUCGUGGGCAAUUUGCUCGCGGUAAAUCCAGGAGGAAAGCCUGGGAGUCAAUUGCGGUUUCGAGAAGACAUCACGGUUCCCUUGACUUCAAAUGCUACCAAGGCAUUGGAUGAAUUGAAAGAAAUUCUGUACGGUGGUGGCGCCAAGGAAGAGACUCUCCAUUUGACACCGCAAAGUCUCCCGCAAGGAUCAAUCAUCAUGAUGGAUAAUCGACGAUGUUUCCCUGAUGAUGUGGACUACUCGCCCGUGUUACCAGAAGGGCUAGACGUGAACCUUUUGGAUCAAAACCGUCGGAGUUAUAUCUCAAGGCUGAGCAACUGCUCCUCUUCUUGGCCAGGGGGAUCCCUGGAUGCAUCGUGUCCUUGCCCGGUGCUGACCACCCAACGGCAUGAUGACGAGUUGAGAAACUUGCACCUCGCUCUGAAAUUGGUACUGGAGGAUAUUAUUCAGCGAUGGUGGACGGAUGAAGAAGCCAGGUUCCCUCUGCGCAUGCCGUUGGAACAGGAGGAGGAAGAUCUAUUGCGCUGGAUAGACUCGAACCAACAGCUGUUCCGACCAUGGAACGAGCGACAAGGAUCUUGGAGACCGGACUUUUUGUUGGAGAAAGAUGAAGCUGGUAUGGAGGUUUUUCGCAUUUGCGAGAUCAACGCCAGGUUCUGCUGGAAUGGCUACAUGCAUGCCGGUUUUGGUCAAGAAGCGCUCUCGGCAUUCAAUAUUGAGUCGCGCGGUCUGACUCAUGCUGUGGAAGCUGAAACGAUUCUCGGUGGAUUGUUGGACCUAUUCGACAGCAAAAUUCCUCUGCAUCUUGUCAAAGGCGAGGAACAUGGGAUUGAUAUCGCGAUGUUUAUCGAAUUUGCUGAGAAGAGACUUGGGAUCAAAAUGCGACUCAUAACUCCGGACACCCUCCGACUCGUCCCAGAUUCUUCCCAGUCUGGGAAAGAUGGAUACAAGCUGUGCUGUCUUGCUGAUGCAGAUGCUGUUGAUACACUCACAACUGAGUCCGGCGAAAGAGUGGAAGAGAUUCAUCAAAUUAGUCUUGAACUUCACCAGCGGGAGAUCAAUGCUCUUGAUCUAGAGAUGAAACGUCAGAUCAGUCUGCGGUGUUUCAACGAUAUGCGAACUAUUCUACUUGCUCAUGACAAGAGAAUGCUUGGACUCGUUCUUGAAGAGCUCGAAUCUUUGAUUAACAGGAACAUCAUCACUCCUAAACAGGCCGAAUUGCUUGAGCGAGGCUUAGCUCACACUAUUCUUCCGGGCUCAGCAGCAUUGAACCAGUUUAUUAAGAACUGCAAAGCCUCGGAUACCUUCCAAAACGAGUACCUCCUGAAACCGAUCAGAGGUGGAAAGGGAGCUGGUAUCUUGUUCGGUGAUGAAGUCGGUCCUUCCGACUGGCUAGUUCUGCUGGAGGCGAUGCGGUGUCCAAGACUGAAACUUGGAAAGACUCUCUAUGUUGUGCAGCGCAAAGUUCACCAACCCUACUACGACGUGCUUUUGGGAUCGAAUGCCAAGGCGGAGCGCUGCCAUAUGGUUGGAACGUAUCAUGCAGUUAAUGGUAACUAUCUUGGACUGGGAAUCUGGCGUUGUAGUCCUGGGAGAUUAUGUGCUAUAUCCAAUGGGGCUACCUGGAUGUGUUCGGAUAUAUAG